AUGGACCCUGUGGGUGACCGGGAGUUUCAGGCCAAGCUGUAUUUAGAAAGACAUCGGAUCAUGGAGUUGCUGGGUCAACUUACUAGCUUCCUCCUCUUUGCCCGACCAAAAAAACCGAGAGAGUAUUUAAUCUCUCUUUUGGAACGUCUGAGAGUUGCCAAGGCAACAGGAGUGGCAUUUCCCUACUUCAUGGACAACUCUAACAUCGUGUCCAUGUUUGAGAUGAUGGACACCGCCGGCAGAGGCUGCAUAUCCUUUGUGCAGUAUAAAGAAGCCCUAAAAAACUUGGGUCUGUGUGCUGCAGACGAAGUUUUUAAUGAUGAUGGACAUGCAAUUACUCUGGAUAAAUUCAGGGAUGAAGUGAACAAGAGGAUGGAAAAAAUGUGGUCAAUGUUUUAG